CUCAAAUCAGUUUUGCCAACACUAACGCUUCAAAAGAAAGUCACUCUGCAAAGAUUGGCUGGAGGAAACCUCUUGAACAUCUAGAAGGGCACAGAGUCACCCAAGAGCAAGAAGUCUAAGAUGCCACCACCAGCAUCAUCCCAGGAGUCUGGUCCCCCAGAUGGUGGUUGGGGCUGGGCAGUGGUCGUAGGAGCUUUUGUCUCGAUUGGAUUUUCUUAUGCAUUUCCCAAAGCCAUCACUGUGUUCUUUAAGGAGAUUCAGGAGAUCUUUGACACCUCGUACAGUCAGAUUGCAUGGAUCUCUUCAACAACAUUGGCUGUUAUGUACGCUGGAGGACCUGUGAGCAGCAUCUUAGUGAACAAAUAUGGAUCGCGUCCAGUGAUGAUGUUUGGAGGUUUGCUCUGCUCGAUUGGAAUGAUAGCUGCUUCAUUUUGCAACAGUAUCCUUGGACUCUUUAUGUGUGUAGGCUGCAUUGGAGGCCUAGGAUUGGCAUUCAACCUUCAACCAGCUUUAACUAUGAUUGGAAAGUACUUUUACAAGAAGCGUCCCAUUGCCAAUGGACUGGCUAUGGCUGGUAGCCCAGUGUUCCUGAGCACUUUGGCACCUCUGAAUCAGUACUUAAUUAAUGUCUUUGGUUGGCGAGGCAGUUUCUUCAUCCUUGGAGCUAUCCUGUUGAACUGCUGUGUGGCAGGAUCCUUGAUGAGGCCACUACAACCCAUAAAACCAGCUGCUGUAAAAGAUGCACAGUUUUCUGCUCUCAAGAAGGAAGAGAGCAAGGAUUUGGAGGAUGGUCUGUUGCAGAAAAAGAAGAAGAAAUCAACUAUCUUUGCCGUAAUUAAUAAUUAUCUAGACCUCACCCUUUUCAAACAUCGGGGAUUUCUGAUCUACUUGUCGGGAAAUGUCAUCAUGUUUUUUGGAUUCUUUGCUCCGAUAGUUUUUUUGGCUCCUUAUGCCAAGCACAUUGGCAUAGAUGAGUAUUCGGCAGCAUUCCUGCUUUCCAUUCUCGCUUUUGUAGAUAUGUUCGCAAGACCCAGCAUGGGCCUACUCGCAAACUCCAGAUGGGUGAGGCCGAAGAUCCAAUAUUUCUUCAGCUUUGCUGUUUUCUACAAUGGCUUCUGCCACGUCAUGUGCUCAUUGGCGAAUGACUUCACAGGCUUGGUUAUCUACACCAUCUUCUUUGGCUUUGCCUUUGGAAUGGUGAGUGCUGUUCUCUUCGAAACGCUGAUGGACUUAGUUGGUGCCAAGAGAUUCUCCAGUGCAGUGGGACUCGUCACCAUCGUAGAGUGUUGUCCGGUACUUCUGGGUCCACCACUGGCAGGAUGGCUGGUGGACAUAACCCAUGACUACAAGUACAUGUACCUAGUGUGUGGAAGCAUUGUGAUAGUAGCAAGCAUCUUCUUAUUCAUUGCGAACGCCAUCAACUAUCGGCUUUUGGAGAAAGAGAAGAAGAUGGAGGAGGAAAAGAGGAAGGCACCAAUCGAUGAUGCAGAACUCAAUGAUAUCUGUGAUAAUGGCACUGAUGAUAUUGAAAUUAAUCCUCAGAUGCUAUUGGGAAUGUCUACUGAGAAGGAAACUAAUAUUUAAACACUACCCGAUGUUGACCUGAUUUUGCUCUUUGGAUGCACUUGGAUAUGAGUGUCAAAAUUUUCAUUUCACUUCAGAAGGUGGGCCUGUCCACAAGGGUAGGUAUUUUCAGCUGCAUAAGCACUUGCGUCCCUCAUUAAACCUGACAUCCCUACCUUUUGAGUCUCACACAUUACCCCAGCUUAAAGUUCUUUAGGGGGCAUCAAAGAUGAUUCUGCUGCUGCCCUGCACUGUCAAUUAAGGAUGCCACAUUUAUCCAGGCACAAAGGAAUAAUGCAUUUCUGGGGGUUAAAAUGGAGGGAGAUAAAAUCUCCGUCAAUGUAUUCCGUCCAAAUGCUCACCUUUACAGUCUGAUGCGAUGGCAGCUAUUUCAAACCCAUAUCAUAAUUGUUGCUGCUCAGCAAAUUUUCAUAGUACAGUAACUCCGCAAAAUAAAUGGAGCUAGUAGUAUGUUCCCUAUUGAACUCCACUUGUUGUUACUAUGCACUAUAUAUUUUUUAAAAAAUUAUAACCAGUCUCGGGUAUCUGUGCUGGGAGCCACACAAAUCAAGAUGUUCAGGCUCAAUAACAGUGCAGAGUCAGGCUGCAGGCAAAAGAGUCAGUAAUGUAUUGUAUACUUCAUUCAGAAGAGGGCACUAGACUAAGAAUAAUUGACAAUAUGUUCCUGUUCCUGCUGCAAAGAUGACCCUUUCUAACCAAGUCUCUAUGGACCUGAAAACAACCUUUCAUUAAGUUUGACUUUCAAGAAAGCUAAUGAAGAGCGCAAAAAGCCCUGCCUUUACUGUUCUUUUGUUUUGAGAUUAAAUAGAUUAAAGUCUAGCAAAUGAACUAAAUUGAGCUCUGCCACUUAAAAAAAGAUUUUAACCAGAUAUCAGAGAGGGCUUGAGGGACAGGGACCCUUAAGCCUAGCUUUUCUAAUCAAUGUUGUUUUAACACUUGUGGUAACCUCUUUAAUUUUAAAAUAAUGCCAAUCAGAAAAUCUAAGCUCAAGUAUUCAACUGAAAAUGAAAUCGAUGUUGAAAUACUCUAGAGUUUAAGGCUCUGAAGUGAAAUGAAUUUUGGCCAAUUCUUAAUGACAGUCAGCUCACAGCACCACACUGCCUGAUAUUUUGGCAUCAAUUGAUGCAAUGUCAAACUUUGUCUGAUAAUUGCUCCUGUGAACUGCCUCAAGGCAUUUUUCUACAGUCAAGGGGCUAAACAACUGCAAGUUGUUGGUGCUAUAAAUUGGCAAUCCCACUCCAAAGCCACAGGUUGGCUAGUAUUAAAUGGAUAAAUAGCAUUAGCGCACACCUCUCAGUUUAGCACGGAAUAUUUUCUUUGGGCAUAGUGCAGUAAAAUGCAAUUAGAUGCACCAUUUCUGAUCUGAAGGUGCUCAUUGAAGACACUGAGGGCCUAAUGCUAAAAUGUUCCAUUACCUCAUGCUCAAAGAUUCUCUUUACCAUCCACAAAUAAGUCACAAAAGGAAAGCAUUUUCUUAAAGACUUUUGUACGAUAAUCCUACUAAACUAGAUUGGUGCCAUUAGUUCUGAUUUGAACUAAGGCUUUUAGGUUGCAUGUACAAUACUUCUGUUGUGAUAUUUUCGAGACACCAAGCAGAAUUUUAUGAUGGAACAGUUUUUAUUUUCUAACAAAACCCUAUUAUGAAAUAAGGUUCAGAUUUUAAAUGGAAUAAGGGUGAGGCCGUAGUACAGAGUAAAAACAGCUCAUAUCAUUGUUGGGGUAAAUAAUUGCAAGAGAGACACUCUCUUGUUGAUUUUCCCUCUUGUUCUCAGUUAAGGAAUGUCCAUUUAUUCCUCUCUACACAGCAAUACAGCUGGGACUGACCACAGACAGCUUGAAGAUAACUGGACAGGGCCACACCCUACUAUGUCAUUGCUGACUCUAGUUAGUAUAAUCUUAUGCAUUAAUUUCACUGACAGUGUGGUUAGAUUGGGAAAAGUUCCUAAACUUAGCACUACCUCUUGCCUUCUAUAGUAAGACUGUAACUAGUAACCAGGGAAAUUCUCAAAUUUGGAGUGCAAUUACAAGCAGUCUUGUUCAGCUCCUACAAAAUAUAAAGGCAUACACUGUAAGAGUUAACUUGUAGCUGACAGAGUGGGCACGAAACCGAAAGGUUGGUUUCUGCAGUACACCUUGUGGACAUCAAAAAUCAGGUGCACUGUAAAAAAACAGUUUCUGUCAGUUCUUCAUUCAGCCAGUUAGCUUACAAACAUCCCCAAAUAAUAGUUACCAGAUUUAUUUUCCCACUUUCAACAUGAUUUUCACAUGCAGACGGUGUAUUCAUAUUUUAAGAUGUGAUGGAAAUAGAAAGAAAAUUGACAAUCCGGUCACCUGCUACUGGUAACUGGUAUUACAGCCCUUAGUAUCUUUCCUGAAGUAUUGGGGUUCAUGACCUUUGAUGCUGUACUUGGGUCAAUCAAUUAAAGAAAGAAAGGAAGUUCUGGAGAUAAGGCAGUCAUUUUGAGUAAAGAAACUUCCUGAUGUACCUGACAUGGCUGGACAUCGAAGUCCGAAAUGUCCUCUAUUUUCAGUAAACAAUAGCAAGCAUCUUGCUGACUGAAGGGGGAGCUAUGCAGGAUCUUGUGGGGAAGCUUUACUUCCUGUUUGAUGGUGCUUCUGACUCUAGGCCUUGCUCUCUCCACAAAUGGGAUAUUAGUAUUAAUCCCCCUGCAGCUCGGAUGAUAGUUGAAGACUGAAGAUUGGAGUUUAGUGACCAAAUUCAAUGGGCCAUUUCUGACAUUACUCUGUUGCGUGUGCUACGAAACAACCAAUGCAUUGACUUCCCAUGUUUGCUAAAUCAAAUUCAUUUUGUGAAAACAGCUAUUUGCAGCAUAUGGUCCUUUCAUUAGUGAGAGAUAACUGGCAAUGAGUUUAACCUGGGGGUCACCAGGUCUCACAUGAGGUGUAAGACUGAGAAAAUGGCAGCUUUAAAGCUACCUUGGUUGGUAUGGGAACUGAACCUGUGCUUUUGGUGUCACUGAGCCCACCCACUUAGGCCCAAUAAAAGAAUUUCAACUGCAACAGAGCUAAAUAUUUCAAGUAUUGGAAAAGUUUAAUAUAGAUAGGCCUACAUGGUAACUUCCUUUGUAGACAUGACUUGAAACUUACAAUUGAAUAGGCUACAACAUAUGAAGCUAACAAUUUGAGUAGAAAUAUGUGUUGACUUUAAAAUAACAGCUGAUGUUCCUUUCUAGAAUGAACUAAAAACAAAGUAAGAACAGGGAUGACAUGAAUUUUCCACCACCUUUAUCAAUAAUUGAGACAAAUGUUGGGUUCAAUAUAAGUAGAGCCAAAUAUGAUUGGUUACGCAUAAUGUUUGAUCUGUUAAUCCCCAGUAGAAUUUGAGAUGUGACCAAUAUAAUGAUGUCAAAAGUUGAAACAAAAUGUCACAAGUCUUCAUUAGCCUAGCAACUCAAGCAGAAUCGCACAAAAGUGAUGCAUGACAAUCAGUUUACUGUAAUAGCUAUCCCAAAAGCACAAAUUAAAAUGCAAAUACUCUUUCAA